GCAAUGAUCUUUCUCAAUUUGUGGGGCCUCUUAUCUUGAAUCAACUCUACAGUUUCUUAAUCACCCUGCUCUUGAUGGCCUUUUAAGUGAUAAAGAUCGAAAGAUUUUCAAACAUCUUACUUGCCUAGAAGUUGACGAGGACUUCAGAGAUGUUAAAUCGGGUUACUUGAUGUCAACAUCUUAUUUGUGCUUUAAACUUUGGAUUUUUGUUGUCGGUGACUCAUUUGUUUUAGAGAUGUUAUUGUUUUAAUAAGAUUUUGAGUGUCUAUUGUUAUGCAUAUUAUCUGUGGCUUUUUUGGCUGUGGAAGGUAAUAAUUUAUCCUAUAUUGUUUUUGUUCUCUCUGAAUUUUUCUUUUAUAUUUGUGUUUGUAUGCAAUUGCUCAAUUUGAAUGGAAUUCUCAUUGUCCUGAUGCUAAUGAUGGAACUGAAAUCUGUGAACGGGUUAAUUUUAGAUUUACUGAUACACUUUUGAACAGUGAAGUUGAAGCUGUAAUGCAGUUUUCUUUUCUUUUUAAUUAUUAAAUACUUUGCUUCAUAUGUUAAGAUUCUAUUUUGUAAUAUGCUCAUUCCCCUAUAAUGUUAAAUUUUAUCUGCAGACUGUAAUAAAUACAAUGAGCUGCUUACCUACCAACUUGAGAAGCAAAGGCUGGUUCAAUUUCCACGAAUCUUGAAUCAUGGAAUUCUUGUAAGAAAUUCUCAUAUUCCAUGAGAAUCCAACAGCGAAUACAAACUACAUCGAAGCUUAUACUUCUCUUCUCUCUUUCGGUAUCUCUUCAGAUGGCCUUUCUACCCUGGAAAAACUUUAUGGAAGGCCAGUGAUUCUUGCCGAUAGAGAAAUGGUUGAGGAAAAAGCCGAUGAAAUACUCUCAGUUGCUCGUGUUUCUGAUGUGGCUUUCCUUGUAGUUGGCGACCCUUUUGGAGCAACAACUCACACUGAUCUUGUUGUUCGAGCAAAGAAAUUGGGUAUUGUUGUCAAAGUAAUACACAAUGCUUCGGUGAUGAAUUCCAUUGGAAUUUGUGGGUUGCAGCUCUACCGUUAUGGAGAGAUAGUGUCAAUACCAUUCUUUACUGAAACGUGGACACUAGACAACUUCUAUGAGAAAAUUCAAAGCAACCAGAAUCUUGGUCUACAUACUCUCUGCUUAUUAGAUAUUCGUGUGAAGGAACCCUCCCUGGAUCUUUAUGCAGGAUAUAUAUGCAAUUGUCAUGGAGUGGAAGCUGCAGGUGUGAUGGCGAUUGCCCUUGCUAAUGGUGAAGUGAGUAGAUUAUUCGUUAAAUUUAUUUUCUGUUCAUUCCACAAUUAUUUUCACCUAGUCUUGACAUUUAUUUCACAUUUCAAGGGUAAGGUCCAGAUUAGAUAUAGUGAUAUUUUAUUGUUUUGUUUUAGUAAACUUUUUAUGGGCUAGCAAAUAAUAAACUAGACAGAUGCAUAUUCUUUUUAUUAUUGAACUUGUUUGUAGAUGCUUUAGAUGAGUAAAGAUGAUUGGUGUCAAUAUGUAAGCAUGUCCAAUAUUGUUAUGUACAAUUAGCUCUUACAGAGAGUCCCUACGAGUCACCAAGAGAGCAAGUCCUGAGGUGUUUUCUGGUUCAACAUGCAAGCAAAGAGAAAUUGAAGAUGUAUAUUCUAUUUCACUAAUGAAACUAAAUCAACAUAAAGCACCAAUUUUCCAUAUUGAUAAAUUGUAGGAAUGGAUGUCCUCUAUAGCGAGAAACUGGAACUCUUACCCUGAACUCCCUCGCUGUUGAUCGAAAUCUCAUUGAGGUUUAGAUGUCACACCAUGAGUUUAUUUCUUUAAGCCUUCAAACACAUGUUUCUUAACCAUUCAUAUAUGAAUAUUGUGUAGCAAAGUGCACUUUUAACUCUGCUUUUUGAUAUCUUUGACUUUAGUUCUUGGAUCUUCUUAGCUGCACAAGUGACAUUCUUCUUUCUUUUUAUUAGAAAGAGUUCUUUUUUCUAACUUUAUUUUUAGUUUUAUUGUAGAAAUUGGGCUAAACAUUAUAUUAAAGAUGCUAAAGAAGUUUCCAGGGGCAUUUUUAUUUUAUUAUUUUUCUUUAUGAUUUUGUUGUAUAAGAAGUCAAAGUGUGAUUCUGUUUUUAUUCUUUAUUUUUUUUGGAGAUAUAUUGAUAGAAUUUAGAGUUCUGGAAUCAAUUCUUCCUCACAUACUUUUUGAUCAUUGAGCAUGAUAUGUUUGUUAUCUUCAUACAUUUCAGAAGCCUUGUUUUAAGUUGCAUGUUUUUGUGCUUCAGUUGUUGUUUUGCAUGGUAGUACAUCUUGCUAUACCCUAUUGUUUCCUCAAGUUUUGGAGUUAUUACAAAUUAAAUUUAAACUUCAUAUGCUUACAGGUGGAAAGUAGCUUAAGUCUUAUGUUCUUAAUAAUAAAAGGACUUUUUUUUUUUACAAUGUGCAGGUAUAUUGAGAUGAUUUCUUUGGAGCAAUUCUUGACAACAUUUGUAGUUAAGACCUUUAGAAUGGAAGAAUGUAUUUCACUAAUUUUUGUAUACAUUUCUUGUUUUGUAUUUAGUGAUAAUGGAAUUUGAAUUGGGCAUAAAUUAUGUUGUAAUAUGAUUUCUUAAGCCUAGACUAGUAGACUAAAUAUUGUAAUUACAUUUGAGUAAUUAAUAAAAAUCUAUUUAUGUUACCUUA